AUGGCGUGCGGGAGGGAUGCAUGCAUGUCCAGUACCCUGCUGUGCUCACACCCGCGUUGCGUGCUGGUCACAAGACAUGGACGAGAAUACGAGACAGGAGGGGAAGAGAGCGAGGGGAGAGGAAGGAAGCAAGGAAGUGGAAACCGAGUAGAGAUGGGCUGGCUGGCUGUGGUUGUGUUGGUGGGUGUGAUGUCCAAUGUUGUCUUGCGCUUGCUUCGACUCUGCUCACACAUGUCGGGCAAGGUAUUUGUGUAUGGUUGGGUGUAG